AUGUCAUAUCCGCCACCUCCAGGUUUGAACUUACCACAAACCUCUUCUUCAUCCACGACCUCUCCAGCUCACGCCUCGCUGCCCCCGCGACCGCCACCGUCAGCUGGUCCACUCCCGUCCUUCAACUCUACUACCUCCUCCACCCCAACAUUCUCCUCCGCCCCAGGAACCCGCGGCUACAAUGGCACUUCAAACAACACAGGAGGGAAUCAGCCCGCGAGUGGCUUCGGAGGCUUCACAGGAUUCCAACCACGUUCCCUAGCUGCGAAUAGUCAACCGUUCCGCACGCAUAGCCCUGUGGUCUCAGCACCUCCUGCACCGCCAACAGGCUUCUCUGCCCCUCAAACGACCUACUCCAACGGUGCAUACCAAGCAAAACCGUCCUACCAACAACCGCCGACACCAUCAUUUUAUCAAAAGCACACCUUCGAAGAGCCAUAUGUCGAGCCCACACCACCUCAAAUACGAAAUCCUUUUCCCCUUCCUGGUCAAGGUGGUGUCGGGCGAGGCGGAGCCGCCGGGCAGGGCCAGGAGAUAGACCCAGAAAUGGAAGCGCAAAUAGCGCAGUGGCAAAGUGCGUACGCGGGCAAGGAUGCAGACGGCAGCCGCACUGCUGGUCGGUCAUUCAACAGAUUCGCUACCGGAGGUGAAGGUGGUGCUUCUUCGACCGGUGCCAACACAGCUCCGCUGGGCGUACGACAGGAUGUUGCAGGUGCCUCGAUGAGUAAUUCGGCCAUGAGUUCCGCGGCCAAUGCUGAUACUGGCGUGGCUGCCGUUGUCACAGGCGCAGACGGCAAGCAGAAAACGGUCGUGCGUAGCGGUGGUGGACAGACGUGGCAGGAUCCAUCGCUACUCGAGUGGGACCCUGCACAUUUUCGUUUGUUCGUUGGAAAUCUUGCUGGUGAAGUUACGGACGAGUCUCUCCUCAAAGCGUUCUCAAAGUAUCCUUCCGUGCAGAAAGCGAGGGUAGUGAGGGACAAGCGGACGACGAAGAGCAAGGGAUACGGUUUUGUGAGUUUCGUGGACGGGGAGGAAUAUUUUCAGUCAGCGAGAGAUAUGCAAGGAAAAUAUAUUGGAAGUCAUCCUGUGCUUUUGAGGAAGAGCACCACGGAGAUUAGGCCGACGGUACCGCAGGACAAGAGGAAGAGUGGGAAGGGAGGGAAAGGAGGUGGAGGAGGUGGGAAGGGUGGGACUGGGGCUGGUGUCCAGAAGAAGCAGAGCAAGACGAAAGGUGGUCUAAAGGUGCUGGGGUAG